AUGCUUUGGAUAAUAUUAUUAUUAACUUAUUACUAAAGAAGAAAAGUUAAUAAUAAUAAAAAAUAGAGUCUUAGAAAAAUCAUAAUAAACCAGUGUUUAUUGGGAAUAUGCCAUUUGAUAUUGAUAUUGAAGAAAUAGAAGUCAGAAAAGUAAUUGAAGAGUAAUCAAGGAUCCUCUAAAGAAAUCUUGGAAAAGGUUUUAGAUAUGUGUGCUUUAUUGAGUAUUUAUUUUAAAAAAGCGCUUUAAGCUUAAACAAUAGAAAUUAAAGGAAGAGAGUUAAGAAUCAAAAGAGCUGCUGAAACAACAAAAAGAGAAGCAUAAGAAUUUAAUAAUGGAAAAAAUACUUUUAAAUGUAUUAUGUUAUUUUUUAGAUCUUAUAAUUUAUUUAAUGGGUUUUUAUAUAAUACACCAUCUAUUUUUAGAUUAUGUUAUAAUUUAUUAGUUUAAAAUAUGAAUUUAUGA